AUGUUACAUGCACUGAAGGCAUGUAAUAGCCAUAUUACAAAGAGUGGAAGGUUGCUGAAGACGGGAGAAAGCAAGGACAGACCCACUGAUGUCAGCCCUUUGAGGCAGGCCAGGGUCGACGGGGAGGCCGAGGAGCGCAGGCAGAGGGCCAUCGAAGAGUUCUUCACCAAAAGCAUCAUUGUUCCGUCCCCCUGGACCGAUCCCAUCGGGAAACAGGCUUCUCAGCUGAAUUCAACCAGAUGUGUUGAUCUAAAUGACGCUUCGCCGGUUGGCCGAGAAAUAGUCGUGCAGCCUGGGAAAAAUAACGCUGCUUGCCAGACUGUAUUAUCUCUACCUGUGGACUUUGACAUGGAAAAAAUACUGGGUGACUAUUUUAAAGCCGACGAAUUGGCUGACCAGUCUCAGGAAAGCCUCAGCACUUCCUCGUUGAGGAGAAAGCUCUUUCUAGAUGAGAAUGGUAGCCUCUCCUCGGAGAACCCGUCCCCUUCCCCAAGCCUGUGCAAUGCCCCGGCCUCCCUCGGCGUCCUCUGUUCCAUCGAUCUCUCCCCGGUGCGCUGCAGAAGCCCCCUGAGUUCAUCCAGCUCAGGCCAACUUUCCUCCAGCCCCAUCCGGGGACAUGCAAGGGCGUGCAGUCUGGGCAGCCUACCCAGCCCUUCGUUGGCAAACAGGAGUCCGGCGAAUCUUGCUUCCCCGGCGUUCUCUCCAGUUGGUAUCCAGCUAAGGAGAACCCCACUGGCAGAUCAAAGGCAGUUUACUUUCCGCUCUCCAGACCUUCCUUCUGCUUCCAACGCCUGCCGCCCGGCUCCCACCAGCGCCAGGAGUCCCUACGUGGAAUGCUCUCCGCUAAGAAGUCCCUCCCCCGUGAGGCUUCUGUCCUGCCGGGGAGCUGUGCUGUAUCAGAGCUCCCUCCUUUGCCUCCCUUGCACCCCGGAGAGCCUCCAGGAAGAGCUGGCAGAAGCUGCCACAGCCUUGCCCGCAGGGAGUCCUGGGGCACACCUGCCCCCUCUGAAUGGGGGUGUCUCCUCGGCUGGGCCCUGCUUGGCGGUGGCUGCCGUCUGUCUCUCGCCGGCACCCCCCGAGACCUGCCCCCAAGGGUUGGCGCCGAGGCCCAGCUUGGACUGUUCCAGGGAGAACCGGACGGUGGACAUGGCUGACCCUGAGACGCUGGACGAGAACUCGGUGAAGGGAUCGGUUGAAAGCGAGGGGGUGCCUGUGGCUGGCUUGAGCAUGGAGGGCUCUUGUAUCUGUCUGGCUCCCCUGGCUGAAAGCAGCGCUUCUCCCUGCGAGAGCAGCAGCCUCCAGAUGGACAGUGGUUACAACACCCAGACUCACACCAGCAGCCUCAUGGAUGCAGCUGGAGCCGAACUCAGCUGCAGAGAACACGGGGCGUGGGAGGCCCAGAAAAAAAACCACAUUUUCAGAAUGAAGCAGGAAAAAUCCAAAACCGGACACCGGGCUGAAAGCGCUUGUCAAUCCGGCAGCCUCCUCCUAGAGGUGCCUUUGUCAAAAUGACCCAGGCAGGCAUAGUCGGGAUCUACAGAGACUGCCCACCACGGAGCUGAAGGUCUCUUCAGAGAGGCACGUUAGGAGCGGACUGGCACGUUUGCCUUCCUGCAGCUGAAGGGCAACAGAACACCAAGACUUAUCUGCCUGCCCACAGCCACCAAGCUGGCAGGAUGUUGCGGGCUCGGCUCGUGCCCUCGGAUCCUCCCAAAGACUAGGGGGUGGUUGGAAAUGCUGCUGCUGUGCCUCAGCGUGGCUGCCUGCGCUGCUCCUUGGCGCACUCAGUUACAGCCAGUCAUUUCUCAAUGGGCAAAUCAUGGGGCUCACCUCACCAGACAGGCACUUCCUUACUCUACUGCCACCACGCAGAGAGAUGUUCUGGUCUUGUGGUGGAGGUUAACUGUUUGGAAGUGGGCAUAGCCAACUUGCAAAAUGGUGCGGAAGAACAGCAGUAAUUAUCUCGUUUUCUAUGAAAAUAGAUUGUAUUUGUUUAAAAGAAUGCUCUUUCACAUCUUGUUGACUAUGCUAAUAAUCUAUAUUAUGAGACCAGUGAAUUUUUAAUAAAGUACUGCUUUUUCCCAUUUUUUAAAAUUUUAUUACCAA